AUGUCAAGUGCUAGAUCAGAAUAUCUCAACUUGGGCCACCCCAUCCCAGCUACCAGCCAGGGUCGCUCAGCUUCACCCACCACUACCAACUCAGCUAGAUCACAAUCUCCCAUUGAAUCAUCAGGCGCAUCGGCCGUCAGGUCCCCAUUCGGCAUGUCUGGCACAUUGAACCCCGCUGGCAACAAGAUGGCAGGAACCACGCGAUCUGGAGCUGGUUCUCCUUCGCAUGACUUAUCCGCGUCUGGCAGGCUAUUCUCCAAGAGAGCUCGAGAAAUCCAGGCUCAGGAAGGCGUGCCUGGAAUACCACUGAACCCUUGGGGUGGCCCGCCUACCAGUGGGAAUUCGACUCCGCUCCGCGAGAAUAUCCCAGAGUCGCCCACCGACGGGUUCCCUGACUUUGCUCAAUUGCCGUCAUCAGAGAAUGGACCAUCCGGUGGGAGACGUGCUCGUGCUGGCACCGUUCCGUCCCGGUUCCCUGGGGCGGCCGUUGGUAACGGAUUGCUGAGCAUUCCCACUCUGAAUGCUCAGUCCUCGCGUGUCAGUCCCUCUCAAAGUCCCUUUAACAAGUCACCCUCUCCUGGCUUGAGCGAGACUUCGUCCGGCUCGCUUCUGUCACGACUGCGGGCUGGAUCUAUGCCGCAGCGAAGUCCGUUCAACAAUAUUCCCGGCACAAGCUCCCCCUUUGGACCAACUCUCUUCAGCGGUAGCUGGAACCCCUCCUCCUCGGGUCGCGAACGUGGAAACACUCUCGCUAGUAUCGCGAGUGUUGGAUCAACCAACGGCCCCAGCUCGCCCGCGCAGUCUGCGUUCUCCAAAGAGGGGACUGGUGAGAAUGACGUGCACAUGAGGACCCUCGACUAUCUGGGACUUGCUGAGACGCCCCAGCCUGCUCGUGCGCAGCUGGCCCCUGGAUACUUGCCUGGGUUGGCAGACUUCACCAAGCAGGCCAACCGCUUCCGUUCAUACUCGGUAAACAACAAGGACAAGUACGCUGAUGACGAGGACGACGAUUACGAUGAUUUGGCUUCCGAGAGUCAGUAUGCCGCUGCCCUUCAAGAUCAGCUAGCUGCUACACAAGCCGCCAUUUACAGCCACAAUAUUGCCGUUCAGAACUUCCAGAACCUGGCCGCCCAAUCGAUUCGUCCUAGAGCCAGAACCGUCGGCGGCUUGGAUUUGACCGCCGCCGGUUCCCGAGGCCUUCGGAACUUCUACCACACGCCAUCACGCUUGGACAGCUCAAUGACUGCCACAGAGAUUCGUUUGCCGGACGAGAAAGACUUUGAGGAUCUGCCGCAGGCUGUCGCUGCUAUGAAUCUCGGUCGAUCUAACAGUCGCAAUAACGGCUUGCUGUCUGCAGAGGAGGGACUCGAAGGGCCUACCAGCGCCUUGUGGCUCGGGAGCAUUCCCACUUCAACUACGACCUCGACUCUGACGGAGAUGUUCAAGCAAUAUGGCCCUAUUUCUUCAGUCCGGGUACUGACCCACAAGAAUUGCGGUUUUGUCAAUUAUGAACGUAUAGACAGUGCAGUCUCUGCAAAGACGGCCAUGAAUGGCAAGGAGAUCUUCCCUGGCGCUGGCCCGGUGCGCAUCAACUUCGCGAAGCCGCCUUCGGCCUCGAAUACGCCGGGUCACGAUGGGGUCUUCCCGUCUCCAAGUCCAGACCCCUUUGCCAAGGGGGGUGACAACGCAGGCUCGAACCCAGCCACUGCCACAAUUGACGGAGCCGCCACAGCCUCCCCAACGAACGCGGCCCCAGUGAUCCCUCCUCUGCAUGAGAUGACACCGGAUAUUUUGCAGAUUGUCAAGUCACUUGGUGCUACUGAUGAGGAUACCUAUAACAUUUCCCUCAGCUUGAACGAGGCUGUCGGCUUCACCAACUUCAUUGACGAGAUACCUCCUGUAAAAGAACCCACUCACACACGUGUGCACGAUGCACCAAAGCUUCGAGAUAUUCGCAAGCGUAUCGACAACCAGAGCCUGUCUCAGCCAGAGAUUGAGAACAUUGCUGUUGACAUGCUUCCCGAAAUUGCCGAGUUGGCUUCAGACUACCUGGGUAAUACUGUCGUCCAGAAGUUAUUCGAGCACUGUUCUGAUUCCAUUCGCGAUGCCAUGCUCACUGAGAUUGCGCCUCAUUUGGCAGAAAUUGGCGUACACAAGAACGGCACAUGGGCUGCUCAGAAGAUCAUUGAUGUGUGCAAAACACCUGAACAGAUGAAUCUGAUUGUGCGACAUAUUAGACCGUACACAGUUCCUCUAUUCCUGGACCAAUACGGCAACUACGUGCUUCAAGGUUGCCUGAAAUUUGGUACUCCCUUCAACAACUUCAUCUUUGAGACCAUGCUGAGCAAAAUGUGGGACAUCGGUCAGGGCAGAUACGGUGCCAGGGCAAUGAGGGCCUGCCUUGAGAGCCACCAUGCCAGUAAGGAUCAGCAGCGCAUGCUGGCCGGUGCCAUUGCGUUGAAUAGUGUCCAACUUGCCACCAAUGCAAAUGGCGCCUUGCUUCUGACCUGGUUCCUUGACACCUGCACCUUUCCCCAGCGUCGAAGUGUGCUGGCACCGCAGCUUGUGCCCUACCUGGUACACUUGUGUACGCACAAGGUUGCCUACCUUACUGUUCUCAAGGUGAUCAACCAAAAGGCUGAAGCCGAUGCCCGUGACACAAUCCUCAAGGCCUUGUUUUUUACGCCCAAAGACCAUAUCCUCGAGGCAAUUCUGAGCGAUCAUGCAUGCGGCGCAACUCUGAUCUUCAAGGUACUUACGACGCCCUUCUUUGACGAGAGCAUCCGCAGCCAAGUUGUGGAGAACAUCAAGAAUGUCCUUGUCCGCAUCAAGGCUCAGCCCAACCAAGGAUACAAACGACUGAUGGAUGAGGUCGGUCUCUCGACUCGCAACGGCGGUGGAUCGCGGGAUCACUCUAUCAGCGCAACGGAGCGCCAACGCCCUGCCUCGAGGCAAACACAAUCACACGCACAAGCAAACGCUGCUGCCAUUCAGCAAAAUGCCCAGUACAACAACCAGUACAUGAACCCCCUCAGCCAGACCAACACUCCCGGGGGCUACGAAAUGGGCUUUGGUGUCUCGAGAACCGAGCCUAGCGAGUCUGCCAUGCCUCCCUUCCCACAGUACGGUCAGCAAAACACAAUGUACAAUAACACCAACCCCGCCAUGGUCCCGGGCAUGCAGUCGAUGCAGUAUCAACAGAGCAUGAUGCAACGCGGUAACCCUCCUAUGAACAAUUUUUUCCCGACUAUGCCAGCAGCUGGUUUCAAUGGAUACAAUGGCCCGGCACCGCCAAUGGAUCAGUACCGCGGCCAGAACAUGGUCAACAGCAGCCCUAUCCAACCCCCUGGGGCCCCUACAGGCUACGGUCCUCCUGGUUUCAAUAUGCCCAUGGGAAUGAGCAGCUACCCCUACAAUGGCGGUAUGCAGCAGAACAUGCCUUAUAUGCCGGACCAGCAGCCUAUCAACAACGGACGGCGCGGACGGGUAGGUCAACCCUCCCAUCGAGGCCGGAGGUCGCCGCGGCCAUAG